GAUAUUACCCGAAUUGGCCGGGUUUACAAAUAUCGUGUUUACCGCUUGGUGGUAUUAGCGUUUUGUCCGAAAGGAGACAAAGAAUAUGUGAACCAUAUUGACGGUAAUUCUACAAACAACAGGACAUCUAAUCUCGGAUGGUGUACACCGAAAGAAAACACUCGACAUGACGUACGUCUUGGGCUUUAUAGCAACAAUCCUAUCCGACGUGCUUUCAAGAUUUUCGAUGAUGAGAAUUUUCGUCCUUAA